AUGGCGCUCCGACUUUUUUGCAAGUUCGUCGCAUGGGACGCGUACCCCGCCUAUUCGUGUGACGAUGACGACAAAGAUUUGGCCGUCUUUGGUGACCCGAUCGAGCUUUGUGUGCAACACGAACUGAGGACAAGGAGAGGCUCCGUGAUGGGUCUCCAAGUUGUGCUGCGAGGGCUACACGAAGGCGACGCCCGGCUUGGGCAAGACUACUUCAACGACAUCUAUGUUUACAACGACAAAGCGUUUAGAAGAAGGUUUAGGAUGACAAAACAGUUGUUCCACCGGAUCACAACAACAAUUGCUUCAAACUACUACUACUUCAGGCAAAACCCGGACGCAAGGGGUCUUUUAGGCUGCACCCCUAGGCAAAAGGUUACAGCUGCAUUGAGGAUGCUGGCCAACAGCAAUUCAGCAGACGAGCUUGAUGAGAAACUUAGGAUGGGAAAGACUACAAUUGCAGAAGCGACACAGAAAUUUGCUUGGGCAAUAAUCCGCUUAUUUGGUGAUGAGUAUCUCCGCCGUCCUAAUGCUCAAGAUGUUGCAAGGCUGCUGGAAAUAGGUGAGAGGAGGGGCUUCCCUGGCAUGCUUGGAAGUUUGGAUUGCAUGCACUGGCAAUGGGACAAAUGCCCUACUGGAUGGCACGGCUUCUAUAGUGGUCAUUGUCAGCACCCCACUGUCAUUCUAGAGGCCGUGGCUUCAUCGGACCUGUGGAUAUGGCAUGCCAAUUUUGGCAUCCCUAGAUCGUGCAAUGACAUCAACGUGUUGCACCGCUCUCACUUGUUUGAUGACCUGGCUCAAGGUAAUGCCCCUCUUGUUAACUUCACCGUUAAUGGAAAUUCAUAUGACAUGGGUUACUACCUUGCUGAUGGUAUAUACCCUGAGUGGGCUACUCUUGUGAAGGGGGUGCAUUGUCCUAUAACUGAUGAGCAAAAAUUCUUUACACUCAAGCAAGCAGAGUGCAGAAAAGAUGUUGAAAGGGUAUUUGGUGUACUUCAAGCUAGGUAG